AUGCCGAUGACGAACGGCCCUCCCAUGGGUGAUGGCCUCCAGAGUGGUUCGAGGAACGGCCCAGCCAGCGCGGGCAUGAUGGGCAGGAAUGGAAGUCUGGGCGGUGCAUCGUCUGGCGCAGGAAGUGACGGAAGUAUGCUCUCUCCGCCCCAUAGCGCCAUGCGUUUCAAUGGGGGCUUCACUGCUACCUCGAACUCGAUGGCGAGCGAGCCUGGAAAUUCCGGUACCGCUAGCGACGCACAUAGAAUGCGUCGUCCAAGACCAGACACCGAAGAGAUCAAGCGCGUUGGGCGCAUACACUAUCAAGAACUGCUCACGUUCUUGAGAAGUCAUCUUGCCAAAGGUGAGCAGCUCGCCUUACCAAACGGUCCCAUCACAAUGCUGAGCUUGCCUCGUUUCCUUUUCCUCAGGUCAAAACGGCCCUCGGAGCAAUGCCCGCGAGAAGCUGACACGUCUCAGCAAGCAGCAAUUUACAGAGCUCAGCACUGAUGUUUACGAUGAGCUUAUGCGCCGAUUAGACAAGAGUGGCAACGACAUGCCACACCUCGCGGUGCGCGAUGAGUUUCAUCCGAAGCGCAACCAGGCCAGACAAAAGCUGUCAACGUUGCCAAAGACACGAUUCAAAGACCUGUCAUCCGACGUCUUUUUCGAGCUCGAAAGGCGCUUCCCAGAGUUGAGGGAUGAGUUCAGACCCGAUGCAGCUGAGCGCGAGAGGGAGGAGAAGGCGCGCGUUGACGCCGAAGCUGGGGCUGCCGAGCGCAGUCGAGCGCCACCAAUCAGUGCGCAACCUUCCACGGCGGACGUGAUUAUUCCAGCAAAGAGUACACUCGUCUCAGAGGAUAUUCCGCUGCCAUACUCCCCAGGAGGUGGCGGGCGACCGCCAGAUGACGAGACGAGUGGCGAUACUGGUCCUCGUCCCAAGAAGGGUCAUUCUUCUAGCUAUACCGAUCACUCUCGAGACUCACUCGCUUCCAACAGGGAUUUAAACGGCGCGCCUGAUAACCGCAGCACAAUGUAUUCACAGGCGUCCAGCGUCGGCACAGGAUUUCUCAAUGGCUAUGCUGGCAGCCGAGCCACCGAGAGUGUCGCAAGCCCGAAUCUGGUGAGCACCCGCCGCACGUAUGGCACAUCUUACCCUAUGCCUCGCUCACCGUCGCUCUUGCACCCCCCAGCAAUCCUCUGCCACGUUUGGCAUAGAAAAGCUGCGCUCAGACUAUGAGUUCAGGAUAGCGACCCUGAAUCAGCGCGUUGGUGCCUUGGAAACUGAGAAUGCUGAACUCAAGGAAGAAGCCGAGUCAACAGCUUCCAGUGCACGGGGUAAACUUCUAGAGGUGAACGAGCACAGAGACAGGGCUAAGAACCUUGAGAAGGAGCUGGAUGGCCUGCGCGAGCGUCAUCGCACACUGGAAGAGCAGCAUCGCCAACACAAACACGUGAGUUGCAUGGACGACCAGGAUGCGGGCCAGUCGGGCUUACCUCUGCACGCAUUACCUCCCCAAUCCAGUUGCACGAAGAGAAGCACACCCAGCUAGAGCAGACCCUGAAGGCGCUAGACGACCUGCAGCGAGAGCAUGAAGACUUGCAACACGAGCAUGAACGGCAGCGCGUCGCUAGCGGAACUGGGAAUGCGGCAGAGCUGUCAGAGCAGCUUGAUGAGCUCCAGAGAGACUAUGCACACCAAGAAGACCUCGUCAAUGAGCUUCGCAGUGAGGUUACAUCAUUGUUGGACGAAAUUCGCCAGCUGUCCACUCGCAACGACGAGAUGAUGGCAGAAAAAGAGUCCGAUCUUGUGGUAGUCCGCGACCUCAACAACCAGAUGCAGUCGUACAAGCGCAAGUAUGAGACAGCGAAGACGGAAUUGCGCGCACUCAAGGCCACCUCGCAACUUUUCGUACAACCACCCAAAGCGGACGAAGUUAUGCCAUCGACUGAAGGAGGCGCCAUCGCAGACGUCAACUUGACCGCCUUCCAGAGCUCCAUCGAUGAGCUCCUCUCGGCUGCACGAUCAAAGACGCCAGGCAACGUCCUCCUGAGCAUGAAGACGGUGGUGCUAGCGUCAACUUUGGUAACUGACGACGUGGUCAGAUGGGAAGCUGCGAGCGGUGGAGAGCUUGGACCAGAUGAGCGCGAACAGCUUGGGCUGCUGAAGAGCAAAGCUAGCAGCACGCUCAACAAUCUCAUGACCGCGUGCCGUAACCAUGCGUCCAGCCAAGGCAUGUCGCCAGUAAGUCUGUUGGACGCAGCUGCCAGCCACGUCUCCACCACCAUCGUGGAUCUGGCCAAGCUACUCAAGGUCCGAAAAGCUAGUCAAGCAGAGACAGAGGAGCUCGAAGCUACUUUCGCUCAGGGCUCACUCCCCAACGGUCUAAGGCCAUUGCACAUAAAUGCUCUAGCACAAUCCAACAGCCGAGAGGCGCCGUUUUCGCCAACCACUGGGGCUCCGAUUUCGGAAUUCCGAGCCAGGCCUAGCCUUGACGAUCGUCUUCAGCCAAGUGCGGCCAAUGCUCCGUCUCCGAGGACGCGCUCAGGACCUGUGAUGGGCCGCUACUCGCCCGUAGGCUAUCGUCCGGACAUUGGGAGAAAGAACUCUCAAGGCGAAGGAUCCUGGCAAGGUAGUCGACAGCGAACGGCCAGCUCUUCCUCCAACUCUAGCAAUGCAGGGGCUUCCGCCAACAUACCGGCUGUUCCCCCCAUCACACAAGAAAUGCGGCAAAAGUCAUACGCGAGCAGCACUCGACCGUCUUCUGCCGCCAACACUAGCGCGCCUCCUAGUCCUGCUGCGCUUGGCAGAUCGCCUUCAGGCUCGACACAGGCUCAGACACCCCCGUCCGGUCCGCUCGAUGAUUCCGAAGAGAAUUGGGCCGAGCUUCGCAAUUACAUCGAAGUGCAGACCGAGAGCAUUGUGCACGCCAUCCAGUCCUUGCUAUCGGCCAUCAGAGAAGGCGCUACUGGAGUGCAGCUGAGCGAGAAUUUGGAGCAGAUCACCACUAUCGUGUCGUCCAUCGUGGCGAUCUCCAAAGACAAUUUGCCCACCGGCCCUCGCGCUGCGGAAGGCGAAAGGAUCCUGGCCGCCCUUCUAAGCGACUGUGAGAAGCUCUCGGAAAUGCAGUCCAAGCCCGUAUUCGACAAGGCGACUAAACGCACCAUGGCGUCUGCAAGCUAUGGCGUGGCAAAGGGUCUCAAGGCGCUCAACUCGCUACUGUCGCCUCUCGAUUAG